GCCAGGGUGCCAGCGCGCGGCGCGGUGCUGCGUGCCCCGUGCCCGCGCCUGCCCAUGCGUCCGCGCGCCGCUCGCCUAGUAUCCUUCCGGCGGCGCACCUGCCCCGCGCACCUGCCGCCCGUCCCGAGCGCUGUGAGCUGAGCUCCUGCUGCUCCUGCCAGGGACGGUGGCGACAGUGCCAGCGCGUCCGCCGUGUGCUGCAGCCGGGCCUGGGCGCUGAGCUGCAGAGGGCGAGGACAGCCGGGAGCGCGGCCGGGGCUGGCGCGGCGAUGAUGAACAGGUUCCGAAAGUGGCUGUACAAACCCAAGAGGUCGGACCCGCAGCUGCUUGCCCAGUUCUACUAUGCUGAUGAGGAGCUGAACCAGGUGGCUGCAGAGCUGGACAGUCUGGAUGGGCGGAAGGAGCCCCAGCGGUGCACGCUGCUCGUCAGUCAGUUCCGCUCCUGCCAGGACAAUGUAUUAAACAUCAUCAACCAGAUCAUGGAUGAGUGCAUCCCUCAGGACCGUGCCUCUCGGGAUUUCUGUGUCAAGUUCCCCGAGGAGAUCCGGCAUGACAAUCUGGCUGGCCAGCUGUGGUUUGGGGCUGAGUGCCUGGCCGCUGGCUCCAUCAUCAUGAACCGAGAACUCGAAAGCAUGGCUAUGCGGCCACUGGCCAAGGAACUGACCCGCAGCCUGGAGGAUGUGCGGAGCACACUCCGUGACCAGGCGCUACGGGACCUCAACACCUACACGGAGAAGAUGCGGGAGGCACUGAGGCAUUUUGACAUCCUGUUUGCUGAGUUCGAAUUGAGCUACGUCUCGGCCAUGGUGCCUGUGAAGUCCCCCAGGGAGUACUACGUGCAGCAGGAUGUCAUUGUGCUGUUCUGCGAGACCGUGGAAAGGGCCUUGGACUUCGGGUAUCUGACCCAGGACAUGAUUGAUGACUAUGAGCCUGCCCUCAUGUUCACCAUCCCACGGCUGGCCAUUGUGUGUGGCCUUGUGGUUUAUGCAGACGGACCCCUAAACUUGGACCGUAAGGUGGAGGACAUGUCUGAACUGUUCCGGCCCUUCCACACGUUGCUGCGGAAAAUAAGGGAUUUGCUGCAGGCGCUAACUGAGGAGGAACUGCACACGCUGGAGCGGAGCCUCUGCGUCUCCCAGGAUGUGGAGCUCCCCAUCCGAGCAGACACCCAGGCCCCCAGUGCCCUGGCGCCUACCUUUUCUUCUGUAUCUCUUCCCCCUGAGGAGCCACCUUCAGCCAAGGCCCAGAACUCAGAGACAGAACUGGCCUGCUCCAUGCAGUAUGAUGAUCAGGAGCUGGAGGAGCUCAGCCGCAUGGUGCACAGGGCAGGGGACGAAAUGUCAUCUCUGCUCUCACCACCCAGUGCCUGCCAGUCCCCAGCACACAGGCCAGGGGCAGAGGGCAGCCCCCGAGGGGAGGCCUCUCUAGGCAGGGCCCAGCUGAAGUCAGGCAGUGAGGAGGAGGAGCGUGUAUUCUUCAUGGAUGAUGUGGAGACAGCAGAGGCCCCCACCAGGCCCGAUUCCCCAAGGGAUGCAUUUGGAUGGACAAGCAGCACACAGAGUAAUAUUCAGGAGAGAGGACAGGAUGGAGGCCAGAGUGGGGAGGCACGGAUCAGUUCCCCGGCCCUGGGAAGGGAGGAGGAUUGCAGCAACAACAACAUUGAAGACAAGAUGAAGCUGGCCAGCCUCCCAGGCUCCACUUCCUGUAGCUGCCUAGAAUCACAGCUGUACCUGGACGGCUGGGAGGUGAAUGCUGAUGAUGCUGAGACAGCUGAGAUGAUUGCCCACCGCACAGGGGGCAUGAAGCUUUCAGCCACAGUCAUCUUCAAUCCCAAGUCGCCCACCUCCCUGGACUCUGCUGUGGCCACCCAAGAAGCCCCAGGCCAUGGCAUUUCCCCACUGGAACCCAGGGCUGCAGGGACCGGGGACAGUUCACACAAACUCGGUGCUGUGGCCACCAACUGCCUCCUGCACUCCUGCGUGUGCUGUGGGAGCUGCGGGGACAGCAGGGAGGACACAGUGGAGCAUCUGCGGGAGAAGUGUGGCCCAGGAAGUGUCAUCAGUGCCUCUUACCCUGCCACAGGUUUAGCUAAGGCCGGCAACAAGGGGCCUGAGAGACUAGACGAGGCCUGGCCUCCCGCUGAUGCCACCCUGCCUGCAGAAGACACCUCCAACAGGCAGGAGCCCAAGGCCCCUGCUUCCAACAAGUGCCUGGCACACACCUCAGGGCCUCAGAUGGACACCACAAACAGGUCACAAGGAGAGGGCGAGGUCACAGGCCAGCAGGAGCUCGAGGCCAGAGAGCAGGACCCUAAGAAGAAGUCUGUGGCCAGGGAGGACAGUCAGCAGGGAGACAUGGCCCAGACAGAACCUCAGGUCCUGUCAGGCUCCAGCUCCUUGGCUGCUUCCUGCUCCUUAGACAAGACCGGGCUGGAUGUGGCUCCUGCAGCUAUGCCUGUCACUCCCAUGGCCACCAGAGAGAAGAUCCGGUCCAGGUUCCACAGCAGCCAUGACCUGAUCCACCGCCUGUUUGUCUGCAUUUCAGGUGUGGCUGACCAGCUGCAGACGAACUAUGCCAGUGACCUGAGAAGUAUUCUCAAAACACUGUUUGAGGUUAUGGCCACCAAGCCAGAGACAGAUGACAAAGAAAAGUUAAAGAAGGUAACCCAGACCCUGCGGAGUGCAGCCUUGGAGGACUGCGCGUUAUGCCAGGAAACCAUGUCUUCCACAGAAUUGGCAGCCAAGACCCGUGAAGGGGACUUUGAAGACCCCCCUGAGUGGGUACCAGAUGAGGCCUGCGGCUUCUGCACCGCCUGUAAAGCGCCCUUCACUGUCAUCCGUAGGAAGCACCAUUGCCGCAGUUGUGGGAAGAUCUUCUGCUCCCGCUGCUCCUCACACUCAGCACCACUGCCCCGCUACGGGCAGGUGAAGCCCGUCCGCGUGUGCACACACUGCUACAUGUUCCACGUCACACCAUUCUACAGUGACAAGGCAGGCAUGUGAUGCUGUGCUCAGUGCUCCCCAGCCUGUGCAGGGCUGGGGACUCCAGGACAGAAGAACUGUGUCUGCCUUGCAUCCUGUCCAGGGUCUUCAGGAGGAGGUGCUGCACCUGCUCUGUGCCCUGUCCAGGCUGUGCUGCAGGAGGGCGGGCCUCACUGCGUCACAUCAAGCUGUUACGGCUGCAGUCCUGCCUGGCCUCCAGAACGUCCUGAGCCUCUGUCUGCUCUCCCUGGCCUCUCCACCAGUCCUGGCAUGAGGGCCAACAGGAGGUCAGCUCUACCCACAGAAGGAACCCAGGGGUGCCUGGUCGCUGCUUCUAGGCAGGGUGCCUGCCAGGACAGGGUUGGGGUCUCCUACCCAUCCAUUGGAGCUCUGCUCAAGCUGUGUGUACUAGGUAGGACAGCGCCCAUUCUGUGCACUCAAGUGUGUAGCUGAGAAUCUGGAAACAGAUGUGAAGAGGCACCAAACCCCAGAAUCAGCAGAACUUCCUGCUGCUUUCCGCCCACCUUACUCCCCAGUGCCCUGCCACUGCCCACUAAACACACACAUCUCAUUUCUUCUUGGAGGGGGAAUGUGGGAAGCAGACCCAGUGGGGGGGGUCUUUGGGGGAAGCAGACAUGCCUUUGGCAUCUGCCCCAUUGCCACCUGCUGGCCGAGUAGGGGCUGACACCUACUCACACCCACAGGCUGAGCUCCCAGGUUCUUGGGCCUGGGCUUCACCAGGCUGCCCCUCGCUAGGCUGAUGUUUUCUUCUUUCCCUCUGUACCCCCUGGACUUGAGCUCACUUCCUCAGACCUCAGAGCAGCCAGGACAGGCUGAGAUGCUUGGACACCUCCUCAGGCUUCAAUCUCAGGCUUCACAUUGCAAUGACGAUUACAGUUUUAUUUUUAGAGAGAUGACACACCUACUGCUUCUUUUAUAGGACGAAAUCCAAUUGCUGUUCAGCAGUGGAAUAUACAUGCACAAAAAUGGCUUCUGUGAGGGGCAAAGAGUAUAUAACAGAGGGAAUAUUAUGUAUGGAGAUUAUUUUUAUUUUCUAAAUGCUGUAAUUCGAAACCAUUUCCAUAAAUCUAUUUAAGGAUUGCACACGCGCUCCUGUCUUCUGUGAAUACUGACUUCUUGUCCGUGUUGGCUUCUCCUCUGAGAGGCUGAGCAUCUAUACUCUGGGGAUAUUGGAAGGGUAGACCUUGCCUUCCAAUCAGCCUCAAGGAGGGGAGUGGCCACCCUUUCCCCCUGCAAGCCUGCGAGAGUGCCUAGUUCCCCAGGUGCUCUUGUGAGGAUGGCUGGCUCCCCAACCAUUGCCCAUUCUGUAGCCCAGGCUUCUGGCCUGU